GGCAGACCGUCGCCUUCCAAUUAGUGCACCCACUCUCCGCCAGCGCGUCAGUCAGAAAAAAUCCAUGUCACACACGCACACCGCAGGCGAAACCCAAAGCGCACGGUCCACUAGCGCGCAACCCAUUUUCUCAGAUCAGCCGCUGAGCCUUGCCUCUGCCGGCCAGAGGUAUUAAAGCGCCCCCCCGCCCACCUCCGUCUCCCAACUCUUUCUCCUGCAUCUCACACCCACUUCGUCACCAACCCCACACCGCCCACCAAAACACCACACACGCGCAACACCAGCAACAAUGGCCCGCACCAAGCAGACCGCCCGCAAGUCCACUGGUGGCAAGGCUCCUCGCAAGCAGCUUGCCUCCAAGGCUGCCCGCAAGAGCGCCCCCUCCACCGGCGGCGUCAAGAAGCCUCACCGCUAUAAGCCCGGUACCGUCGCUCUCCGUGAGAUUCGUCGCUACCAGAAGUCGACUGAGCUUCUGAUCCGCAAGCUCCCCUUCCAGCGCCUCGUCCGUGAGAUCGCACAGGACUUCAAGAGCGAUCUUCGCUUCCAGUCUUCCGCCAUCGGUGCCCUCCAGGAGUCCGUCGAGUCUUACCUCGUCUCCCUCUUCGAGGACACCAACCUGUGCGCCAUCCACGCCAAGCGUGUCACCAUCCAGUCCAAGGACAUCCAGCUUGCCCGCCGCCUGCGCGGCGAGCGUAACUAGACGAUGGGAUGCAGGAUAUAGCCAGGGGGCUUCACGACUUUGCUUUUGACGAUGGAUUCAUGGGUCGGGGGUUAAUCACGGCGUUACAAUGACACUUGCUUUGCACCACAGUUGGGGAUGUACAUUAUACCAGGCAACCAAGCCGGCCUGGGCCCGCGGAAUGCAACUGGACCGGACGCGGUCCAUGAUUUACAUGAAAAG